AUGGCGGACGCACCUGCCAUCGCGUCCACGGGACCACCGCCAGCGCCUCUCGAGUGGCCCGAGUCCAUGACCAUGAUCGAAGGCGUCACGAUCGCCGUGCUGCCCGUAGCGGCGCUCGUCCUGUGCUACGUCAUGCUGCGCCUCGUGUGGCGCGUCCCCACACCCCUCCCCAGGCGCUCCGCCGUCCCCGGGUAUGGCGCCACCACCACCACCAGCAGCGCGACCGAUCCCCAGCCGCUCACGGGGAUCAAGACGUCGCUCGUCGAGGAGGGCGAAGUAGCCGGCGACUACAAGGCGCACUGGUCCUCGACCUUUGACUUUGCCUUUCUCGUGGGCAUGGGCGUCUACGGCGUCGUGAUGCUCGUGCUCACGGUCGAGUACGAGCGCGAGUGGCUCACGGAGCCGCGGUUCUGGCUCAUGCAAUUGCCGAAACUCGUGGUGAUGAUGGCGGUGUCACUCAUUGGAGGGAUCAUCUGUCGCUGCUUUUGUGACGUCGACGACAAGGGCUACAUCAUGACGAACAAGUCGUCCAAGUUUAAAGUCAACUACACGCGCAAACUGCAGCACUUUGCCGCGUACAUGGUGCCGCUCGUGAUCAAAGCCGACCACGCCGGUCCGUUGGCUUUGGCCUGGGGCGAUUUCUUCACCAUGCUGGGCUUCCUCGUGCUGAUCAAACCGAUCCGCGAACACUCGCGGUUUUUCAUGCUGCAGUUUAAUUCCCUCGACCGGCCAGAAGACCGACCGAACACGCUCAAGUGGAUCAUCGUGGGCAACAUUGCGCCCGGCAUGUUCAUCCUCAUGUUCUUCAAGUGGCUCUUUGCGGCGCACGGCGCGCUGACGUUCAUUCUCGUGUUUAUCACGGGCAUUGGCGACGGCUUGGCCGAACCCGUGGGCAUCACGUGGGGCCGUCACAAGUACAAGACGCGCAGCUGUUUCUCGACCAACAAGUACACGCGGAGCUGGGAAGGCAGCGCUUGUGUCUUUGUGUCUGGCCUCGUGUUUCCUGCGCUGCAGUACGCGGCGUUUGACAACUUUUGGCAAGUGCUGCUGUCGAUGCUGAUCCUUGCGCCGACGAUGGCGUAUGCUGAAGCCACGGCUCCCCACACGAUGGACACGCCCGUUUUGAUGAUUGGCUGCGGCGCUAUUUUGUACGCGAUCGUCAAUCUCGUCUAG